CACAGCUAAGUCUUUUUCGUUAUUUAUUUAUUUAUUUUUAUGGGUAUGAUCUUCUCCGCCAAGUCCUAGUAAAUUAACGCCACUUCCAUUUUAUUAGAUGAGACGGCCAUUCUCUUUUGCGUAGAGAAGAAUAGGGAGGGGUUGGUCAUUGAAACAGAAUCUGUGCUAUGGCUCAAGAAUCAGCUGCUGGUGAUCUUAUGUAUGUGGAUGACUUUUUCUUGUCCAUGUUAUUUGAUGUAGAAGAAGAAAAUGAGAGUUUGCCACUGUCGGAUGAAAAGUACGCGGAAGAACUCCAGUUCCAAGAGGUUCUUAUGGGGUCCCUGAUCUCUUCCCAAAAUGCAAACAAGGGAGCCUCUUCCUUUUCAUUACCAUUAAUUCAAGAAACUUCUUCAACCCAAAAUCCAGAGCCGGUGGAGGAAACAAAAGAAGCAGGACAAUCAUCAAGCUGCUUCUGUGAAAUUUGUGCGGAUAGGAAAGAUGGUGAGGAGAUGUUCAAAAACCAUAGCUGUGUUCACUCCUUCUGUUCCGAUUGCAUUAGCAAACAUGUUGCCACGAAGAUCCAAGAGAGCGUGGCCGUUGUUUAUUGCCCCGAAGUGGGUUGCGAGGCUGUCCUGACAAUCGAUGAUUGCAGGCGAGUGCUUCCUAAUGAAGUGCAGGAAAGGUGGGACAAGGUGCUGUGCGAAACACAGAUUCUUCCUUUCCAGACUUUUUACUGUCCAUUCAAGGAUUGUUCAGCCGUGUUGGAGAAUGAUAACGAAGGAGAAGUCAUUAGGGAGUCGGAGUGUCCAUCCUGCCAUAGAUUGUUUUGUGCACAAUGUUAUGUUGCUUGGCAUCCAGGGGUAGACUGCGAAGAGUACCAGAGGCUGAAUGAGGAUGAGAGGGGGGGGGACGAUCUUAUGGUGAGGGAGCUAGCAAGGGAAAGGAGAUGGAUGAGGUGCCCCCGUUGCAAAUACUAUGUGGAAAAGACUGAAGGUUGUCUACAUAUUACUUGCAGGUGUGCAUUCCAGUUUUGCUAUGGAUGUGGAGAAAAAUGGACUGGAGAUCAUGGUGGUUGCCAGAGAAAUUAAAUGACUAGAGAAAGCAUAAUGAUUAUGUUAUUAUAAAACAACUGUAUUUUGCAUACUGUUUCUAUUUAGGAAAGGAAUGUACGAAAAUGUUUAUUAUGGUUUGUAUCUAUUAAGUGCACAAGCACUCUUUCAUGAUGCAGAAGAAUGCUCAGUCGAUUCAGGACUUGAGAAGCAUCAUUGAAGUUAUCAGACAUUCAUGCCAGGGAAAUAUGAAAUGUCACCUACUAUUUGAUUCAA